GGUCGUUAGGUCAAACAGCUAGAUGGACAGGCUCCAAUGAUUAAAGAAUGAAACUUGAAUAAAAACUGGGCAUCUAAAAGCAUUAAACAGAGUAGAUUCUUGCAAGGCCAACUCACUCUACAGGGAAAUGGGUUGACUAGCUGGUAAACCAUCCAAUAAGAUGUCUAGUCUCUCUCAUAUCUCCAUCUACAUCGCUGUGUUUUAUUUCUUAGUUCUACUAAUUCUCUCCCUUUCAUUUGUCGUCUAAACCUACCAAUCAAAAGUAGCAUAUCUAAAGAACCCAACUCUUUGCAGGUCAUGAUACACUAACACCAACCAAUUCUUUGUAUUUAACACUUUUUUAGUGUUCUUUUUAUAAGGGUUUAUGUUUUUUUUUUAAGUUUGUUUGUUGUUUGUUUUAUAUAUGAUGGUCGUUCAUAUUCUUAGUUUUUUUAGAUGAAUAGCUUCAUUCCUAAGCUUUUGAGAUAUGUCUCACUGAUUCUUCAAUAAGAAGUAUAAUCUGACUGUUUUCUAGACCCACUUGGGUUUUUUCCUCAAAAUUUGAGCUCCCUGAAUUCAUUGAUGUGUCGGUCUCACUUGAGUCAUGUUUCUUGAUGGAUAUAUUAUCAUGCUUGAAUCAUAGGCCUCCAUGUCAAUCCUCUGUGGCCUUCCAAUCCUUGAAUGUGUGUACUGCCUUGGCUGUGCUCGUUGGCUAUGGCAAAAAUGCCUUUACACCGCUGGUCAUGAAAGUGAGAACUGGGGCUUAGCCACAGCUGAAGAAUUUGAGCCCGUGCCUCGUCUUUGUCGCCUAAUCCUAUCAGUCUAUGAAGAUGAUCUUCGGUACCCACUUUGGGCACCGCCAGGUGGCUAUGGUAUUAACCCUGAUUGGGUAAUUGUGAAGAGAACUUAUGAAGAAACUGGGGGAUGUGCUACUCCUUAUAUGAUUUACCUGGAUCAUGAUAAUGUUGAAAUAGUGUUGGCUAUUAGAGGGCUUAAUUUGGCAAAGGAAAGUGAUUAUGCAGUUCUACUUGAUAAUAAAUUGGGGCAGACCAAGUUUGAUGGUGGUUACGUGCAUAAUGGGCUAUUGAAGGCUGCAAAGUGGAUUUUUGAUGCAGAAUGUGAGCUUUUGAGGGAUUUGGUUGAGAUGAAUCCAGAUUAUAGGUUAACUUUUGCUGGACAUUCGUUAGGUGCAGGGAUAGUGUCAUUGAUAGCAAUGUAUGCUGUUCAGAAUCGGGAGAAAUUGGGGACCAUUGAGAGGAAUAGGAUCAGAUGCUUUGCCAUGGCUCCUGCUAGAUGCGUGUCACUGAAUUUGGCAGUGAGAUAUGCUGAUGUUAUCAAUUCUGUCGUGCUUCAGGAUGAUUUCUUACCUCGGACAACUACUGCUCUGGAAGAUGUUUACAAAUCAAUUUUCUGUUUGCCUUGCCUGCUUUGCCUGAUGUGCUUGAAGGAUACUUGCACUCUCGAGGAGAAGAUGCUUAAGGAUCCAAGGCGGCUAUACGCACCUGGCCGCCUAUACCAUAUUGUUGAGAGGAAGCCCUUCAGGAUAGGAAGAUUUCCUCCAGUUGUCAGAACAGCAGUCCCUGUGGACAGGCGCUUCGAGCACAUAGUUCUUUCAUGCAACGCGACUUCUGAUCACACCAUUAUCUGGUUAGAGAGGGAAUCUCAAAGGGCUGUUGAUUUGAUGCUAGAGAAAGAUCGGAUAAUGGAAAUUCCAGCACAACAACGGAUGCGGCGGCAGGAGUCUCUUGCACGCGAGCACAGUGAAGAAUACGAGGCAGCACUUCGGAGAGCUAUUGCUCUGGACAUCCCACAGGCAUCCUACUCGCCUUCUUAUGGAACCUUUGCUGAAGUGGAAGAAGGGGAGAGUUCUGGCAGCUCAAGUGGAGCAGGUUCGCUGUUGUCGUUUAAGAGAAUGAGGGAGCGUUGGGACAACUUUAUAGAGCGUCUUUUUGAUGUGGAUGAAUCUGGUCGAAUGGUGUUCAAGAAGUCUUCCACCUAGACUUUCCUUUUCUUCUUUUUUGUAAUUUGCCUUCAAAUUUCUUUCUUUCAUUUGUCAGCCAAAUAGGUUCAAUUCCUCAUUCGAUUGUAUUUUGAUGGCCUGUGGGAUUGUCUGCUUAAACCACGGGUAAUAAAAUAUACAAGGAAAGAAUAUGUUGCCCA